CCUUUUUCCACCUCACUGAAAAUUCCUCUUUUACUGCUCCACUGCAGAACCCCAAAACACCCCCUGCCUUAUUGAUUCAGGACAACGUUCAGGCCAUUAACUUUUGAGCAUCACAACGCUACAACUUCAACAUAUUCAGCACAUCCACAGUUCACAAUGGCCCGUCCCAAGAAGAGUGAUCAGAAGGCCGCCCCGCCCACGCCAGUCGCUGCAGCUGUCGCGCCUCCAGUACUGCUGCCUCAAGCACCCGCGCCUGCUCUGCCCCAAGUCUUGCCUGAUAACAGCGGUGCAACACUGGUGAUCAACAAGGCCGAUUAUGCUCGUCUUCGCGACUCUGUUCACUCACGACUUUCCACCAUUCAGGAGCUUCUCAGAGACUUUGCUGCCGACUAUCUCCGUCAAAGCAACCUUCUUCUGGGAGAGCCCACUUCCUUAGACGCCAUUCCUAGUCUCGGCGCUCUGGCCAGGCUUGAUGGCGCUGCCUUGGGAUUCGCUCCGCCGCUUGCUGAGGCUGCUCUCCCUGUUGAGGAGAAGAAAGAACGCAAGAAGCGCCAGCAUGAUCCCAACGCCCCAAAGAGGCCUUUGACCCCUUACUUCCUAUAUAUGCAGACUGCCCGCCCUAUCAUUGCCAAUGACCUUGGCCAAGAUGCUCCCAAAGGUGCAGUUCAGGAAGAGGGCCAGCGUCGCUGGGCUGCUAUGACACCCUUAGAAAAGAACGCUUGGAACAACGCGUACCAAUUCAACCUUCGUCUUUACAAUGCCCGCGUGCAUUCGUAUAAGGCUGGCAACCUUGCAGCUAGAGAUAUGAGCGAUCAAGAUGCUCUCACUUACGCAGACGCCAACCAGGUUGCACAACCCGCUUUGACUGGUAUCGAGGAGGCUGCCGCUGCUGGUGUUAAUGACCAGGAUGCCAUCGUCGAGCAGCUUCAAAACUCUGUCCCAGUUGUAGCUGCCGCGCCGGAGGAGGCCAAGACCCCUAAGCCCAAGCAGACUCGCAAGCGAAAGAGCACUGCCGCUGAUGGCAUCGAGGAGGGUGAGACUAGUGCCGUUAAGAACGCUGCUGUCACACCCGCCAGUCCUGAGAAGAAGCGUAAGCGACAGUCCAAGGCAGCAGAGCCUGCGUCCGAAGAACCUAAGAAGUCCGGCCGCAAGAAGAAGAACGCUUAAGCACCUGUUCGUGCCUUGAGUGUUCCUAUAUCACUUUUCUGCUGUCAUUGAAGAUACCACUUUUGUGUCGAUGUGUAUAAAAGACGUCAGCUUAUCAUGGACACGUCCGCCGUUGGUGUGCAGCCAUGAAUCGGCACCGCGAGAAGCUCAGGUUUUGGGAAUCUGGUUACUUUGCUUUGAUUUGGGAUGUAUGAGUCUACGAAAUACACUGCUUAGCGAGUGAGGCAUGACUCACUGCAGAGUUUCAGGUACAGAUCAGGCGUUCGUGUGGGGAGGUUAUUAGUUCGCGUUGUAAGGUAUAAAUACAUACUGUUCCUACACAAUCAAACCGUUAAAGCCCAAUUUCAACCAACCGUGCA